CUUCAAGCUCACAAUAUAGCACUCAAACCCUCACGCUUCCUCUGCGCAUUAUGCUACAUGCUUCGAGCAGCUCUAUUGAUACUCACAACACAUUGUGCAUUCAAAGAGCACCUCGUUAGCUCAGGUCUGUCGACCACCAAGCUCCCUGAUCUGUAGAUCUUAGAGAGCUUACAAUUGCUUUCAACACAUUGAAAGAGAAAAUACAAGAUUUCAGACUCCAGUUCCGACGACCAAGACCAACCUCCUCUCAAUAGAGAGACCAGAGCUGCAAGACGAGCGGAACAGGUACAAGAACUCACCAGACAACUGCAAAGAACGAGAGAUCGACUGCAGAGAAGAAGAGAAAGGCAACAAGAACCAAGGGUACCAACCAUGGACGCAGCUCAGAUUCAAGCCGUGGUGGAGGCUGCAGUCGCAGCAGCACUUCAGAACCAGAAUGUUCUGGAUGCAAUUCGUCCGCAACAACCAGUAGUACCAGCGGUGGUGUUCGCGGUUACACCAGCCGGAACAGGCAACCAGCCGUGGGAUUUCACGUCGCCAACCGGACUCAGGAUCUUCAUGGCGUCGAUUACACCAUUCCCAGUCAAGUAUGACGGCAAAGAACAGUACCUACGUGACUUCUUGCGUCAGAUCUGGCAAAGGGCUGAGUCAUUUGGUUGGGUGGCAAUCCUACUGGUUGCAGACAACGAUGGCGCAGUAAGGAACAUCACGACGCAGCACGGAUGCUUGACAAAGGACAAUGUCCAGAACCAUGCCGUGACGUACCUUAGGCAACAAGAGAGGAACCACCAAGCAUCAGUUUGCCUCCGCAAGCUGAUCAUGGCCUCGAUCACAUCCAAGAUGGCAGACAGGCUAGCCACUCGCAAGGCCGACUACACGGUCAACGCAGCAGCAGCUGCGCAAAUCAACGUCCCUGCCCCAGCGCCGAUCAUGAAGGAAGAUGGAAUGUGCAUGCUGUACCAGCUAAUCAGGAUGGUGUCGGUGGAAACAAUGACGACGAUCACCAUCAUCACCAAGAAGCUCAACAACCUCGAGCACAUCAUGGAAGCAGCCAAGUCCAACAUCGAGGUCUUCAACACCAUGGUCGACGACUUGAUCACGCAGUUGCAGGCCAGGAGCGCUCACGUCCCUCCGAUGACUGCUAACCUGUUUGAUGGGUAUGCGAACUGCUCAGACACAGCUUUCGCCAAGUACAUGGAAACAAAGAGAGAUUCUUAUGAGGAAAGAACAUUGGUCUUGAACAGCCACGACAGCCUCAUGAUCAUAGCGCUUGAAAAGUACAAGAUCAUGGUGGAUAGGAAGAUUUGGCUCAGGAAGUCCGAGGAGCAGAUGGAAAUCAUGACCCUCAAAGCAGAGGUGACCAAGCUUCGAGGAAAACCAGCUGCAAAGCCGGCCUCGACCACCAACAAGACAGCCAGUGAUGGAAAGAAAGGAAAGGACGAUGACAAGUUCGCUUGGAAGCUGGUGUCUCCCAAGGAAGGGGAGCCACAGCAGAAGACCGUCAAUGGAAAGAAGUACAUCUACUGCCCUUACCACCAGACAACCAAGUGGGUCCUGGAGGUGAACAACAAGGGAGUGGUGCACCGUACAGGGUGUGAGAAGAUGAAGGAGGCAUUGACGUCCAACAAAGCAACAGAAGGACAAGACCAGGGCGCAGAAGCUGCUGCACUUGCCAAUGCCAUCGAGGAUGCAGGAACAGACACCCUGAUCCCUGUUGUGGAUGAUGAAGAGCUUUGAUGGUGGCGGAGUGGAGGAUACCUGUUUGGCCAAUUCGUAGCUUUCUGUAAUCACUU